AUGCUAAUUGUUGGAAGCGGUAUUGCGGAAGGGGCUGUGAUCCAAUCAACUGGGGCUGUCGAUGACUUGACCACGGUCCAGUUCUACAGUUCAGAUGACUGUUCUUCAGGAACCGAGAUCUCUCGCGCCGACGCUGGGUGUCUCACCGUCGAUAUCGGCGCUGUCGGGGCAUAUAGAUCCUUCCAGGUCGUUUCAAGCAAUCCACUUGCUUCGCGUUCCUCGACACGGCGUUCACCUGAGCAGCGGCGACAUCACUUUCCGAAUACCACGAUCGAUCAACACAACACUAGUGGCCCGUUCCUUUAUCACGGCAUGACUGCAUCCUUUGAUGGCAUCGAGUACAAAUGGCAGCAGGUGCAUGCCACGGGGUACAUCGGUAUCUUGCCUCACAAUUGGGAUGAUGCUGUACAUACCAGAAAUACCACGGAACUGAUCCUCGAAAAUGUCCACGACGCUACCAUCAAAGAUCUGCAAGAACGGGGCCUGCUCGAAGCUGCGUGCUCUGCAUACACGACAUGCUACUCAGCGGCUCAGACUGUGGGAAAUGGCGUCGCGACGAUAGGACAGUUCGCAAGCCCUUAUCUUACAACCGCAGGGCAAACCGCCCUUGCAGCGGGGGUUUCCGUGAAUACAUUUCUGAAUAACAAUCCUUUCAUUGCCCAACUCACUGCUGGUGGAGCAGCUGGGCUGGUGGCAGCCUGGGUUGGGGCUAAGCUCCAAGGCGAUUCGAACAAUUGCCAGCAAUGCUCUACUCAGAAUCAGCAGAUCGAUGCUCUGAUAUCAAUCCUUCAGUCCCAGAAUUCAAUCAGCAAUGCGGCGUCCGCUACUGUGACAACCCAGGUGAAUGAUGCAGGAGACGAAGUUUUCACUUUUACGAUGACUGUCGUGGCUUGUGGUCAAGCACUUACCGCAACGGGUUGCGGCAUCCCUGCCGGGUUUUGUACUGGUGCCUAG